GCGGGGCCUGCAGCGCGCGAAAAGCGGCGCGCGAGGCGGCGGGAGCUGGCGGCGCCGGGUCCUCACUCGGUCCGUGCAGCUUUCCUCCGUCUUUGGAGAAAGAACCGUUCCCGAGGAAUUUUAUUUUGCCCCUGCAAGACUCAGGAGGAUGAAAGUCAUCACUUGCGAAAUCGCCUGGCACAACAAGGAGCCGGUGUACAGCCUGGACUUUCAGCAUGGAACCGCGGGGAGGAUCCACAGACUGGCGUCCGCGGGCGUGGACACCACUGUCAGGAUCUGGAAGGUGGAAAAAGGACCAGAUGGAAAGGCCAUUGUGGAAUUUUUGUCCAACCUUGCUCGCCACACCAAAGCUGUCAACGUUGUGCGUUUUUCUCCAAAUGGGGAAAUCUUAGCAUCAGGAGGGGAUGAUGCUGUCAUUCUGUUGUGGAAGGUGAAUGAUAACAAGGAGCCAGAACAGAUUGCUUUUCAGGACGAGGAUGAGGCUCAGCUGAACAAGGAGAACUGGACGGUGGUGAAAACCCUGAGGGGCCACUUAGAAGAUGUGUAUGAUAUUUGCUGGGCAGCUGAUGGAAAUGUGAUGGCUUCUGCCUCUGUGGAUAACACGGCCAUCAUAUGGGAUGUCAGUAAAGGACAAAAGAUCUCCAUUUUUAAUGAACAUAAAAGUUACGUACAAGGAGUAACCUGGGAUCCUUUGGGUCAGUAUGUGGCCACCCUGAGCUGUGACAGGAUCCUGAGGGUAUACAGCACACAGAAGAAACGUGUGGCUUUUAAUGUGUCAAAGAUGCUGUCUGGAGUAGGGGCCGAAGGAGAGGCAAGAAGUUACCGGAUGUUCCAUGAUGACAGCAUGAAGUCAUUCUUCCGCAGACUUAGUUUCACUCCGGAUGGGUCUUUGCUCCUCACGCCAGCUGGAUGUGUGGAAUCUGGUGAAAAUGUAACGAAUACAACUUAUGUUUUCUCCAGGAAAAAUCUGAAAAGGCCCAUCGCCCACCUCCCAUGUCCCGGGAAGGCGACCCUCGCUGUCCGCUGCUGCCCCGUCUACUUUGCGUUGAGGCCGGCGGUGGAAGCAGAGCCCAGCGUGGAGCUGGUGAGCCUGCCGUACCGCUUGGUGUUUGCUGUGGCUUCCGAAGACUCUGUGCUUCUGUAUGACACCCAGCAGCUGUUCCCGUUUGGCUAUGUGUCUAACAUACAUUACCACACCCUGAGCGACAUUUCCUGGUCCAGCGACGGGGCUUUCCUGGCCAUUUCCUCCACGGAUGGUUACUGUUCCUUCGUGACGUUUGAGAAGGAUGAGCUUGGAAUACCUUUGAAAGAGAAGCCGGUUCUGAGCGUGAGAACACCUGAUACAGCAAAGAAAACCAAGAGUCAGACCCAGUCUUCGCCAGGCCCCAGGCUGGUAGAAGGGACACCCACCAGCAGGGCCCAGGACCCCAGCAGCCCCUCUGCAACCCCCCCUCCAGGGAAGCAGUCUCUGGCCCCCGCAGCAGCCAAGGACACCCCUGCGGCCACCCCUGCCGCCAGAGGCUUCUGGGCAGCACCCUCAGAGGAGAAGACCCUGCAGGCCAGCAGUCAGAACGUGAAAGGCCACCCGCCCCGGAGGGUCACUCUGAACACACUGCAGGCCUGGAGCAAGUCAACACCCCGUAGCAGGUGUGUGAUCUACACUGCUGUCGCCCUGGUAGAGUACAGGCCCCCGAGAGCCAGGACGUGGGUCCCACUCUUUACCCACGUUCUCCUGCCCAGAACAGCAGCGGGCACCGAGCACAGGAGAAUAAACUUAAUACCCUUAAAGACAGACAGCCCGCCGAAUUCUAUACCAACCCCUCUAACAUCCAGCCCUUCCACAGAGGAAAUCCAAUCAGAGGUGCCUGGGGACCCGCAGGGCAGCCCUCUGGAGCUGAAGCGGCCCAGACUCAGUGAGCCCAAGGAAGGCCCCCAAGGCCUGGACCCUUGAUGAGCCCUGGCUGGUGCCUGAAGGCUGCCAGGUCUGGGGACCCCGUGAGCCCAGCGGGGUGGUGGGGCGAGGCGGACGACACCUGGGACCAGCGGCCUCAGACGGAGCCAGACGGACACUCGCAAAUUCAUUUCUUUAGCAGAAGAUUCAGGACCAAUCUCCAGAAAGGUGUUUGCUCUUGUAUUUACAUUUUUACCUCAGACAUGUGGACAUUUUAAUAGACUGUCUCUCUUUGACGAGUUUCAGAGACUGGAGCAGUUCAGCGUUACCUGGUGUAAAAGUCAGUAGCCCCCCGUGGACUGCGUAGAUGAAAGCACAGACGCCGCGGGCGGCUCCUACAGCUGCAAUUAGAGGACAUGGAAUUAGGGAAGGUUUAUUCUGUUGAGUUUUAGUGGGUUUGGUUAUUAGAUCAACUUAGCUUCUACGUAGUUGAUCAUUUGGAAGAUUGUGAAUUGCAUUCAGAUUUUAAAGGUAACAGUGCUCGUUCUGGAAAGUUAGUAAACUAGAGGGAAGUAGGAAAAAGCAAUUGGACGUGGAGUCACCCAUCGUCUCACCACCAGAAGGAACCCUUGGUCAUGUUUUGGUGUAUUUCCUUCUUAAAGUUUUUAUUUUAUUUA